AAGGGCUUGACCCAGGAGACCUUUAACAAGUGGGACAGAAAACUGAACCCAGCAGAAGGAGCUGACGGGCAGAGGCAGAGGCCCCACGCGUGUUCCCUGUUGGCCGCGGAGCCCCGGCUGUCUCCGAGUGCCCAGCGCCCCGGAGCCCCGGAGCAGAUGGUUCAGGAGGCCACAUGCACUAAGGGUGAAGACGCAGCUGUGCUGCUUGCUGCUUGCCGUGUGGGUGAGCCGAGCUCCAUGGUCUGUCCUCUGCGAAUGGAGAACAUAGCAGUAGCACCUCUGAGGUGGUGAGGAGUCCGUAGGGCAGGGCCGGGCAGCAGGCACAGCCGGGGAACCCACUGCAUCCUCCCUGCACUCCUGCUCCCCAACCCCUGAGGGCUCCCACCUGCCAAUGCCUGCAAAUCUCUGCGCACCGGUUUUCUCUGGUCACAGAAGCAUGCUCUGCACCUGCGCAGGCCACGCAGCCGAGGUCAGCGCCCCCACUAGCCAAGGGCGGGAGCCCGAGCACACAGAUCCAGCAUCUUUGCUCCUCAGGUGGUACAACUCAGGGGUCUACUCUGAACCUUCCGGAGCAUGCGGCAGGAUGGAAGCCUCCCCGGUGACUCACGAGGGCCACCUGCUCAUUUCUGCAGUUUUGGCUUCCCUCGCUGCCUUGUCUCACCUCCUCACCUCCUACUGCCGCUUCCCGGGGUCACCCCCCCAACUCAACAGGUGCCCUGGAAUCCCUGUCCCCGGGUCUGCUUCUGGGAACCCCAAUCUGAGAGAGCGUGUCAAGUGCUUGCCAGAGAGAAGACACUUGAUAAAUAAACGUUAGCCACUAGAUUGAAAGCUUCAUGAGGGCAGAAAGUAUCCACCGUGAUCCCAUCUCUCCUUGGGGACAGGUCCUGGCAAAGGCACCCAGUACAUAUGUGUUGAAUGAGUCAAUGAGGACGUAUUUCUUUCUGCUACCCUCUCCUUUUGGACCCUCCUGCUCCUUAACCUACUCUCCUUUCUCCCUUUAUGGAGGAAGGAUGUCCUGUGCCCAAAAUGUCCCUCUGAUUUCCCCAGAGUCCCGCUCUCAAAAUGAGCCCUCACGCCGCAUUGUGACAUCAUAGAGCACUAGCCAAUGGCUGCCCAUGGGGGGCUGGCCCCUGGCCUCCUGGGACCACCGCCCUCCAUUGAUAGGGAGAAGCCACCUUCUCCUGCACUGGACCUUAACCCUCAGGGCAGCGGCGGAGCAUGGAUCCCUCCUGAUUCUCUUCUUGGCCCGAUGAUUCUCACGGUCAAGCUGCUCCUGGGCAGGAGAUGCAGCCUGAAUGUGUCAGGGCAAGAGAGUGUGGCCAUGCUGAAGAAGCUGGUGUCAGAGCGACUGCAGGUGCCCGAGGAGCAGCAGUACCUGCUCUUCCGAGGCCAGCGUCUGGCUGAUGACAAGUGUCUCUCCGACUACUGCAUCGGGCCCAAUGCCUCCAUCAAUGUCAUCAUACGGCCCUUGGCGAAGACAGCGGCCGCGGAGGCCGGCCAGCCCCAGCCCCUGUGGCACUGUCUGGGCCUGGUCCUAGCCAAACACUUCGCGCCCCACGACACCAAGGCAGUGCUGCAGCUGCUGAGGCGGGAGCACCAGGAGCGCCUGCAGAGGAUAAGCCUGGGGGCCCUGGAGCAGCUGGUGCAGGACCUCCUGAUGGAGGCGCCCUCGGGAGAGGAGGGGCCUGAGGCUGAGACCUCGGAGCCCCAAGACAAAGAGGAGGAGGAGGAGGAGGAGGAGAAAGGGGAGGAGGACAAGGAGGAGGGGAAGGCUGAUCAGUAA